UCAUGAAGCCAUCAGCCAUGAAAACCACCAUUAUCUCUGCCUUCUGCCUCAUAUCUAUCAGCUUUGUUGCAUGUCAUGACAAGAAGCAGGAGUGGAACGUUUAUGAGUUUCUCUGGAUUCAUAACAUGGAUAUAGCGAACAGUACUCUGUAUCUGGAUUUCAUGCAACACAUGGAAGUCGGGGACCUACGUGCGGAACGCUAUGUCAACUUCACCAUCCAAGACAUCAAUUACGUGGUGAAGGUGACAGAGAUGCUGCGGAAACUCAGCAGUUCAGUGAAAGAACCUGCUGACCUACGUCAGUUCUUCCAGGGCAGAUAUAAAAGCUACAAGAACUUCUGCGACUAUCUUCUGAACAUGUACUUCCUAAAGGGUGUAUCUGACAUCAAACCAACACCAGCCAUGAGGAAGUACCUGUCUGACUACGAGACCAUCAUGAACACCAAAGAGCCCAUCUAUUUUGCUGUGUCUCUCCUACCAUGCUCCCGACUAUGGGGUUGGCUCGCAAACCAAGUAAACAUGACACAGACCAAUGCUUACUUUGGCUGGAAGAAAGACAACAUGGGCGGCAAUCCUGAGAAGCACUACAAGAAGCUGCUCAACAAACAUCUUAACACAUUCGAUAAAGUAUUAGAAGCUUACCGUAUAUUCCGAAUGCAAAUGCAGAAUGAACAUGACUUUUUUGAUUCUUCGUAAAAUAAAGUUUUCAUUCCACAGUUGAGUUGGCUGUGGUGCUGAACGCAGGUUUCACUUAAUGUGCAGGUAAAGUUCAGAUUAAUAAAACGAUAUGGAAUUUAUUAUCAAGAGCUUAUGACAAUAUGAUCAUACUGUUGCCCUUUUGGUAGGCUAUUUCACUCGUCUA